AUGGAUCUGCACAAAUUGAUCUUCAAAUCCACAUGGAAGAGUCAGAGCUACAGUAUUGCUAACACAGAUCUGAAAAUGAAAAAGAAACAAAAUGCCCCACCAGACAUCAAGAUCUUUAUAAGUGAUAUUGAUGAGGCAAUAAAUAAAGUGAAACAGAAUGAUGAGCCAAAACUAAUAAUGGGUGCACUUAUGGAAAUUCGGUAUAUAUUUGAAGUGGCAUCACUCAUCAAUGGGAUUGAUUCAAGAAAUUAUUUGGGAAUAAUGUACAUUUCCUAUAGGGAAACAAUAAACUUAGAUCCCGAUGCCAAGCAAAAGAGAAUUCACAAUCCCCCCUACCCCCCCAAAAAAACCUCAGAAUGUCCAAAAGAUAUUGCAAAAGGUGUUUAUCCUCAACAGUCGUCAAAGAAAGAAAUAAUAAGAAAAGUAAAAUCAUUUCACAUGAAUCAGAUCGGAAAAAUUUGA